CAGGGUUGGGCUAGACGGGCGCGCUCUCGGGGACAGGGGGGGCAGUCCCGGUCCCGGCCCUCCGCGCGGGUGGGCUUGGAGCAGGCCGCACCGGGCGGGAACCCCAUUCCCACCCCGGAGGCCCCCUGCCCUUUCUCCCCCUUUCCCCCCGGCCCAUGGUGCGAGGCUGGGAGCCGCCGCCCGGGCCGGACCGCGCUAUCUCUGAAGGGCACAAAUCAGAAAACACCAUGCCUCCUAAUAAAGAGGCCAGCAGUCUUAAUAGCUCCCCGGCGGGGCUCAUCUGCCUCCCUCCAAUCUCCGAGGAGCUACAGCUUGUGUGGACCCAAGCAGCCCAGACCAGUGAGCUGGAUGGCAAUGAACACUUGCUACAAACCUUCAGCUACUUUCCCUAUCCCAGUCUAGCAGACAUUGCCCUUCUCUGCUUACGCUAUGGGCUGCAGAUGGAGAAAGUCAAGACUUGGUUCAUGGCCCAGCGCCUCCGCUGUGGCAUUAGCUGGUCAUCUGAAGAAAUAGAAGAGACUCGAGCCCGAGUGGUCUACCAUCGGGACCAGCUCCAUUUCAAAUCCCUUCUGUCUUUUACUCAUCAUGCAGGGCGGCCCCCAGAGGAGGUGCCUUCUUCUCCAAUGCCACCCCCAGAACAAAUGGGUCUUGGAAUAGUGCCCCUGACUCUUAGUGAGUCCACUCAGAUGAAAGGAUUGAAGGUAGAGCCUGAGGAGUCCUCAGAGCUGCUGAGUCAGCAGAAGGCAAAGGAACCCCUGAUUGCACCUGGCAGUGGGGCAUUCCCCCACCAAUCAGAUUUUUGGCAGAAUCUUCAAAGCAGUGGCCUCUCUAAGGGGCAGUCAGGCAGGGGUCCCAACCAGUCACAUGGGCUAGGUUCUGCUUCCUGGAACCACUCCACAGCUAUCCACCAGCCAUGUGCUCGGGAAAAGCCCCCCCCAAUCUCACUACUUACUAGUACUUGUAAGCAGGAGUCAGUAUCUAAUAUGACUCCUUCUUCUUCCUCUACCUCUUCUUCUACUUUCCCGGUACUGGCUAAUGGAGCUACUGCCACCUCUAAACCCCUCCAGUCACUGGGCUGUAUCUCACAGCCACUGUCACCCAAUGAACAGGCACUGCCCCCACAUCUGGAGCCAGCCUGGCCUCAGGGGCUAAGACAUAACUCAGUACCAGGUAGGGUUGGCCCUGCAGAGUACCUUUCCCCAGAUAUGCAACGCCAGCGAAAGACCAAACGCAAAACCAAAGAGCAGCUGGCUAUCCUCAAAUCCUUUUUUUUACAGUGCCAGUGGGCACGGCGUGAGGAUUACCAUAAAUUAGAACAGAUCACUGGUUUACCUCGGCCUGAGAUUAUUCAGUGGUUUGGUGACACACGCUAUGCCUUGAAGCAUGGGCAACUAAAAUGGUUUCGGGACAAUGCAGUACCUGGUGCCCCUAGUUUCCAGGACCCAGCAAUUCCCACACCCCCACCUUCAACCCGCUCCUUGAAUGAAUGGGCUGAGACACCACCUCUGCCAAACCCCCCACCCCCACCGGAUAUACGACCCUUGGAGAGGUACUGGGCAGCCCACCAACAGCUACGGGAAAGUGAUAUCCCUCAACUGAGUCAGGCAUCAAGGCUUAGCACCCAGCAGGUACUGGAUUGGUUUGACUCUCAAUUACCUGAGCCAGCUGAGGUGGUGGUUUGUCUAGAUGAAGAGGAGGAAGAGGAGGAGGAAGAACUGCCAGAAGAUGAUGAGGAUGAAGAGGAGGAGGAGGAGGAAGAUGACGAUGACGAUGAUGAUGUGAUCAUACAGGACUGAGUCGAGGGGACUAGGGGAGGGAAGGUCUGUUACUAAAAGAUGAACCAACUUAGUAACUGUUUAAAGAAACCACAUUUUUUAAAUUACCUUGUGGCAAAGAACUGAAAAGCUUUGUGUUCUUGAGGUUGGGGGAUUGGGAAUGUAGUGAGGGUGGACCAGGGACGAUGACCAUAGGACCCAAAGAGAAAGGUGGGGAUUGGAUGGGCAGAAAUCAGGGUUCUAGUCUCAAUGAAGACAGUGCUAAGGAUCUGGUCCAUGAGCUGGGAAAAGACUUUUGGUCUCUUCAAGUCUGCUGUUCUUUUUCCUUAGUGUACUAUGGAGAGGCCAGACCUUGGCCCCACAUCUAUAGGAGGAUUGGAAAGGAGGAGUAAAGAAGUUUGAUUCAGUUGAUGAUUACAGUGCAUCCCCCAAUCCCACCAUUUUCCCUGAAAUGUAAGGCUGCUUCGUAUCUCUUCUCUCUCAGCACAAGUCCAUGCCAUAAUACAGCUAUGAGUCUUAGUAUGUCCCAGUCUCAUCACAAGUAUUUCCUUAACGCAUACCAACUUGACUGUAUCUUUUACCUUCCUCGUUACUGAGUUGCACAGGUAGCAGAAUGUUUUCAUUUUUGAUACUGGGACCAUCUUGCCUUGUACUUCUUAAAUCUUUUUCCAAAAUCCCCAUUCUGUUCACUAUUUGUCUCAGGGUAAAUCUUCCCCAUGGAGCUUGUGAAAAGUUUAAUAAUUGGGUGGAGAGUAAUUUAGAUUGGAUAUUUAUUGGAUGUGGGAAUUAGGGGAAAUGUCCUUUUAAAAAGUAGAAUUAGGUUAUGGAGAGAUAGAGAAGAGGGAUAGUUUCUACUGUUCAGAAGGUGGGUGCAGGUAGGUUCCAGGUUUGGUUUUACAAACCUGAAACUCCCUCCUGCCUAGCUUGACAAGAGACUAAUUUUUCAUCUUUUUGGUGUUGGUUCAAUUUGUGUCUGUAAUUGAGACUUUUCCCUCUCUUUAUAGGAUCUGUCUUGGGGACAGAGGGACCCUGGUCUUUAACUGACUUGAUUAUUGAUGUUUUAGAGUGGUUUUCAUGAGGUGGAAUCAGAUAUAAAGAUAUCAACGGGUAACCAUCUAGAAAUAAAAGUGGAAGCCCCAAAUUGCUAGAAUAAUAAUAAAAAGGCCAAAAAUAAAAUUAUUUCUCUCUCCUC